GUGGGCGAUGGGGAGGGAGGAGGCAUAUGGUACUAAGGCGGGGUGCCGGCGGGGGGUUUGUUGAGUGCUUAUAACUCUGGCAGGGAAGAGCUCACCGCACAACACGCGCAGCAUAGUGAAGAGAACACACCGACACCUCGAUCGCUUCUUUCCUUUCUGCAGCGAUACAAUGAGAGGCUUGCUGGCUACAGUGACACUGGUGGUGGCGGCGACGGUAUGCACGGCGGGGACCUUGUAUGAUAAUCGGUGUCCCAAAAACUUCGACGUGGCCGUUGUGUUCUUCCCCAUUGGUCAGAUUCCUAAAGCCUGUUACACAACUAAAGACUGCCCCUUGGGACAACUGUGCUGCCCAGCCCUCUCCUCCUCGACCGACUUGUGUCUGUUUCCCAGCAACGGUAAUGGGCCUUUCCCCGGCAGCGGCCAUAUCCCUCAUUCAAACGGCCAAAACCCUCUUGUAAACGGCCAGUGUCCUGCUAACUUCAGGCUCGAAGCAGCUACAUUCCCAGUCGGCCAGACCCCCGCGCCCUGCAGAAUAACCAAGGAUUGCCCUCUGGGACAACUCUGCUGCCCGGUCAUUCAUUCAGUAUCCGAUCUGUGCCUGCCUCCCGAGUCCGGUUUCCCAGGAGGCCACAAACUCAACAAGAAGCCUGUUGUUUUCCCAGGACAAGUUGCUUCUAAUGUUCACCAUGGCAGGUGCCCCCCUCCGCUCAACCUCGCCGCAGCCUUCUUCCCUCCAGGUCUGCCCAUAUUCUGCAAGACAGCAAGAGACUGUCCCUAUAGACAACUGUGCUGCCCGGCUAUCAAUCCUACUUCCACUAUCUGCCGUGACCCCGCCCAACACUAGAAGCUUACACAGUUUGGUAUCUGGAACGUAAUGACAUGCCCUUCCACAUCUAGUUGAUGUUUUAAGCUUAUUUAAUUUUCAAUCAGCUGCUUAUUUAUUUAUUUUUUUUUUCUGGAAAGUGGUUGUUUGGUGAUGCUUGAAUAAAAUAUAUUAUGAGCUUA